CGAAGUUGUUUCUAGCCCGGUAUCCGAAAUUGCAGUAUACGACUUGACCAGUCCCCGCCGCAGUGUACACAAACAUGGCCGACGACACUGGACACCUGACACAAGAGCACACGGAGAAGAUCGUCCAGUUCCAGGAGGUAACGGGAACGGAGGACUUGGCGGAGGCACGAUCACAGUUGGAAAAUCACUCGUGGGACUUGGAGGCUGCCGUACAAGACCAUCUUGCUCUGAGAGAGAGUCCACCUCCGACGCCUCGAGCCUCACCACAGGAAAUGGUUGAUAGAGGAGGAGGGGAAGGUAGUGGUGGUGAUAUCAACAGAGAUGACAGCGAUGAAGGAAUGGACAAUACUCCAAGGUUUGGGAACACAGAUAGACGUAGCAUAUUUCCCACUUGGCCUCAGAGUAGUCUGCUCAGCUGGGGCUACUACCUGAUCACGCUACCAUUCCGUCUUACGCUCUCCUCGCUCUCUUCACUCUUCUUCUUUGUAUACCGGAUUGUCUACCCAUAUCCUCGAAGAUUAACUGAUCCUCUCGGGGAUGUGCUGCGUUUUAUUGGAGAAUACGAGAUGGAGUAUGGUCAGCAGCACCCAGCUUUCUUCCAGGGGUCUUAUUCUCAAGCUCUGAGCCACGCCAAGUCGGAGCUGAAAUUCAUGUUGGUAUAUCUGCACUGUGCUGAUCAUCAGGACACACCAGUCUUCUGCAGGACCACAUUGUCAGAUCUCAACCUUGUGGAGUAUGUUAACAAUACUAUGGUGUUUUGGGGCUGUUCAGUCACCACAGCAGAGGGUUACAGAGUCUCUCAGGCUCUCAGAGAGAAUGCUUACCCUUUCCUGGCACUGAUUGUUUUGCGUGAUGGCCGCAUGACAGUCGUUGGAAGGUUAGAGGGACCAAGUACACCCAUCCAAUUGACUACACAACUUGAGGCACUUGUUCGGGACAAUGAAGCUCAUCUUGUGGUGGCCAGAGCUGAGAGGCAAGAACGAGAGUUAACAGCUGCCUUAAGGCUGCAGCAAGAUGAGGACUACCAGGAAAGUUUGCGUGCAGACCAAGAAAAAGAACGUAAAAAACAACAGGAGAAGGAAGAAGCUGAUCGUAAGGAGCUUGAAGAGAAACAAAAAGAGGAGGACCAACAGAGACAGAAAGACAACAUCAGACGGCUUAAAAUGGAGAUGAUAGACAAGGUGACACGGGAGCCAGAAGAGGGCGAGGAGGGGGUGGUGCACAUUGUGGUGAAGCUGCCACAGGGAACACGUCUUGAGAGACGCUUCCUCAAGACUGAUAGUCUCUCUAGUCUGUAUUACUACAUUUUCUGUCACCCGGACUCUCCAGACAGAUUCCAAGUGACGACAAACUUCCCACGACAAGUUGUGCCAUGUGAACCAACAGCUGCCGAGGCUCAACCGCCAACUUUUGAAGAGUUUCAUCUGCCACCACGCAGCAUGCUCUUCGUGUCGGAUUUAGAUGCGUGAGUUGGUGAAGUGUUGUCUGAAUGUGAUAAAAGGAAGUCCUGGCUAAUAUUGCAGCACGCUAGUUUUAAACCAUACUUAGCAUUAUAGCUUUCUUGUGGGUGAUUCUUGUUCAUCUAGGUCCUGGCAGUUACAGUCCUCAGUACCAACAACCAGGCUAGGCUACCCAAUAGCACGAUUAUCAUAAGAUAUAUUACUGAGCAGUCUGUGAUACUCUAGGAUUUAAACUUUUGUAAUUGCUAGAAAAGGACCCCAGGCAGAGUAUUUUAGUCUCAUUUAUUCUUUGAAGUGUAUUAUGCAUAAAUAUGGCAGUAUAAAGGCCCCUGGAGAGACUGAGUUGUGUCGAAUGUCCUUCAGUGAUUUACGUGACUGAUACCGUCUUAAAUUUAGGAAGGUGUACACACAUCUUAAUAUUUCCUGGAUAGCUUCUUUACGUUAGUGAAAGUCCGGCACAGUAAGUAAAUGAUCCAAAGCUAUUAUUGUGUUAACUGAUGGUUGGCUGCGGCUGCAUUUUUGCAAUAUUCGACAGGGAUUUGUAUUAUUAAAAGUUUGCUGAUUUUUUUAUUUUUUUUAUAAAGUAUGACAAAAGUAUAUUCCUUGUUUGAACAUUGUUUAAUAAAAGUCAGAUAAGUUGGGUAA